CCUAGUACAAAGUACCUGUGGACCACUUCCAGUACCGUACCUAGUCGCCGGCUGGCAGGGCAAAGGGCUAAAAGAAACCAUCACCCCCAAUAUGACGACGAGUAUGACUGGAAAUCUUUAACAGAGUCGGCCUCCCUUUAGCGCUGCCCCUACGCCCUCGCACCGGGCACUUCCAGGCACAUUUAAAAGAAGUCUCUCCCACCUCUACCCUAUGGAUUGCAUCUGGAUCCCACGAUUUGCGGACCUUCACGCGCAAACCUAACAGGCACGCUGGCCGUGGGGUCGCAAAGCAUCCUGCAACACACAAAAAGGCAAUGGCGACAUCAGCUGCGCAGAAGUGGAAGUAGGUGACGAUAAUGACAAUUUCCCCCACACUUUUCGAGAGCAUGGGCUGACGACUGAUAUAGGAUCGCACGGCAGGUCUCGAAAGAGCUGACUUCACUUUUGAAUUUGAAGGACAAGGCCCCUCGCUUUGACGAUGUCGAUAACUUGAUCAUCCAGUGAGUAGCCAAUUACCCUAGUCUGUAUAACGAGAAAAGUCAAGUCUGAUGCGACCAGAUUGCGCCUUGCCUGCGAAGCGACCAUCUUUCUGGAUUUCGAAUACGCCCACAAGCAACGUGUUGAACACGAGCUAUGGACUGCCCAUACCCGGAUCAAGAAGCGAUAUGAAAUGAUUCUCGAUCACUACCGUCUGGCAGAACAAAAGAAACAUGUGGAAAAACGUAAAAUGGAGAAGCGCUAUGUCGACUUCAUCAAGACAAGUCAGUUCUUUUAUAAAGGCUACAUCCAACGACUCGCUUCCCAUUUCGACGGUUUGAAGGAAAUGCGCAGAAUUGCACAUCAACUAUCCUUGAGUCUCUUGACUGUUGAUAGACGUAUCAAGGUAUCGCCUGAGGUGGGACGUCUGAUUGACAUGUCGUGCCAUGCCGCUCUUCUCCGCCUUGGAGACUUGUCAAGAUAUCGCAAUAAGAUACGGACCAAGGAUAGAAGCUGGGAAAUUGCUUUGGGGUACUAUGAGCUGGCCAAUGGACUUGCGCCGGGUGAUGGGAGUGCCCAUAAUAAGAUGGCAGUGAUUGCUCUGGAAGACACAAACCACCUGGAUGCCGUCUACCAUCUUUAUCGCGCUCUUGCUAUCAACAAGCCGGAUGAACUAGCGAGAGGUAACCUUGAGCUUGAGUUCAAAAAGAUCACUUCGGCCUGGGAGAAGCAGCGUUCGCAACCUAAAACCGAUAGUCUGACAACUCUCAUCUGGUGGUUCCUCUUGCUACAUGCUAAGUUCUACGAGGGUGUCGAUUUUCCCACUCACGCGGAACUCGAAAACGAAGUCCUUUCUCGGCUAGCUUUGCUUCUUAAAGAACGAGAAGUCACUGUGGUCCUUCAAAAACUAGUUGCCAUCAACAUUGCAGCCGAUUUCUUUGCCAGUCAAAAGGUUCUUCAAGGUAAAUGGUCGACAUCUCUUGCUAACGGACAAUCGCGCUGACGUACUCGACUUUAGAAUCAGUGAAAGUCGGCAAUACCGCACGUUCAGCAGCUCUCGGGUCCUUUUAUUUCUGUCUUGGAUUCAAUGUCCGGGUGAUGACAAUGCUUCUACAAGUACUCAAACCAGAACUAGAAGAUCCUCCAGCAGGCGAAGACCUUCCAAGUGAAGAAUCUCCCCCGAUCAAACCUCACGAGCGAAUAACGAUCGUCACACGGCGCGUUCUUCCAGCCCUCCGACACUAUAGUGUCUGGCUUGUGUCGCGGGUCCAGGUGCUUGUUGCCAAUCUUGAUACUGAUGUGCCAAAUUUGCACAGCCAAGAAAUGUGGAAAAUUUACACAGAUAUACUGUCGCAACUCGCCGAUACAUUUCCACCUCUUGAUCUACCCUCCAUUCAGUAUCUAUUAGAAGAGGAUGAAAAUACGAUUGGAUUCAAGCCCCUCAGAGAUCCCAAUUUGCCCCAUGAGUGCGAUCUGUAUUCAGUGGAUGCUGUGGGUACUCCCAAGCUACGAACUAUCGACCUAGGCACCGAGAGACAUCUUCCAAAUGUAGAAAUGCGAGGUCGCAUUCGAGAUAUCCUGCUUUGUGGCCUUGUUCUUCAGGACAAGGAGAGAUACCCUCGGGUUCCCAUUGCGCUCCAGGAUGGCGCAUUUGUCUUCAUGGAGGGUGAGGCAUCUAUCAUUGGUCUCAAUAAUCCAACCAGCGACUCUCGAACAAUAUCUUCCCCAGUUACCGCUGCUUCGAACGGAGAUGGCAGAAAUCAUGCACCCUCCGAAAAGCUCAAUCGCUCAAUUCCGAGUAGGAGCCCCAAAAUUCCUACUAUCCGCGAGCCCAACGUCAGUUUCGACGUCAUGAUGAGCCGUAUGGUUGAGGACUUAGUCAAUCCAUCAAACGGGAUCCACUCAAUGAAUGAAGAGACUUCGUAUGGAAUGCAUAGUCGUGCAGCGAACGAAGUGUUUCCCACAUCUACUCCUCAAGGAUCUCAUUCUCGCGUUCACAGUACAACAAAGAUGCUUCCCAGUCUGUACAACUCAGCAUUCGCUCCAAUGCCAAAUGAACUUCAGCCGACCACUCCUACCCGCCCUUACGGUAUUCGACAACCCUCGCCUGGCUUCGAUUCGCCCCAGCAGCAACUAGCCGCUGCAGAGCAUUUGGACCUGGUAACCGGCGGGUCUUCCAAGAGCCAUUGGGGGGCAGCUGGAUCCAACUCAACGUCCAAUUCAGCAGCCACCCAAAGCGUGAGCCCAACAAGACACCAACAUAUUGGAAGAUCGCCUUUGCCGUUGUCUGGUACCGAUGGCUGGAAUGAUUUCAGCAGCAAUAUAUAUGGCAAUACACCAUUAAACAAUUCUUCCGGGGGCUCCUUCGUCAUCAAUAGGAAUGCGUUCAACGGUACUUUCGAUCCAACCACUGACAGUUUUACUAUUAAUGCAAUGUUACAAAGCUCGUUGGCAAACGAGCCUCGUAGCAGUGGUUAUUCUCAAACCCCACCCGGUGGACAGGGUGGCUGAGAGUUCUAUGAUGACUUUCGAAGCUCAGCUUUCGAGAGAAACACUCAUAACAUCAAAGACAAAUAUUGUGCCUCCUAUAUACGCUUCACGGUCUUUAUCACCGUUCUCCUGGCCAAGAUUCGUACUAGACUCUCACUUAAUAUGGGAUGUUUCUGGAAAGCUGGCAUAAUGCAUGCCGGCCAAAGACUUUUUGUGGUCUCUAGAGGACUAACUAUUCUACGCAUAAUCGUGGAGGAUUAUUCCUUGUCAUAUGCAACCAUAUCAUCAAAUUGUGGACGCUCCCGUUGUUGAAACCUUUACCGAACGCCGUCUAAUACAUCUUGAUGGGUAAAGAAAAACAGAUCAUAAUUUACUGACUGGAGGGCGUGUAAGCCUGCUUAGGGAAGGGGAAUCUAAUGAAAGUUAGUUGAUUUGCUCUUGGUAGGAGAUGAGUGCUCGCUGAUUUAUUCCAAAUCGAAAGGGCUGGUGGUUGAAGAAAGUAAUUGGGUGUUUUUUAGAUGCGAAAUAAAAUAUUGCGUGACUUACGAUGGACCCAAUUCCUGAAUGCUGAGCUUAGCCAACCAUUGACCUUGGUCGAUGGAUUGUGACAAACUCGCCCCAGCCACAAGACCGGCGACAAAUCCUGCAGCGAAUGCAUCUCCAGCACCUGUUGUGUCGUUGAUUUUGCUCUUGUCAAUGGCAUGAACCGCAUACUCCUUGACUUCCUGACCAUUGACAGCUACCACAGUUGGAAGAGUACCCUGGGUAAUGAUAGCGACUCUCUCCUUCUUUGAAUUGGCCUUUGGCAAAGCAGCAAGCUUCUUGGCAAUCUCCUUGAUAUCCUUCGUCUCCCAACCGUGGCUCUCAGCGAAAGAAAGCGCCUCGGUCUCAUUUCCAAUCACGUAAUCCCAGUAAGGGCUAGUAGCAUCCAAAGGAUCCUUGAAGAAUUGAGGAAUGAAAGGAGCAGAGAGGGAAAAUACGAAAACUUUAUCGUUUUUCGCAGACUCCUCGGCCAAAGCCAUGAUGGCAGGUGGGCAGACAGUUAGGUGGUAACCACCGACGAAAUAAUGGCUUGCCCCCUCUGCAAGCUUCCACACCUCUGGGCUCUUCAAGUGCUCGAGGUCGUAGUGGUUGGCGGCACCAAGGUCAGUGACCAUGGAACGGUUGUGACCAGUGAUGACGACUCCACAUCGACCGGUCUUUUCCUUUUUGUCUACACGAUAUUCGACUCGGAGUCCAGCUUGCUUGACAGCAUCUUGGAGGAUGGCGGCAUACUUGUCGUCUCCGACUCCACCGAGGAAGACAACGGAGUUUGGUGGGAGCAUAUAUUGUGCACCACGAGCAGUAUUUUGGGCUCCACCACCAGCAAUGAGUUUGGCGGAAUAGUUGUUUAGGAGGUCUUCGUAGAUGCCGAUGUGCUUCUCCUCGGCGAGGAUAGCAUCGUUAGGCUUGAGGCCAUAUUUCUCGAGAAGCGUAUCGUCUCCUGGUGCUUGGAUGUCUUAAGUGAAGGUUAGUUGGUGGUAUGAAGCAGCUGGGAAUCCAGAAGGUAAAUUUUGAGACACUGUACUCGAAACAGAAAACAGCGAAUUGUAUGGAAUAAUGAAGCAGAAAAAUAGACAAUAGGCAGGAAACCAUACCGAGUAACGGAUUCUCCAAACAGAGGAGGGCAUAUUCUUUGAUUGCGGCCAUGUUGAUGGAUGUUUUUGCGAUUGAAUUGAAUGGAACAAGCGGGGUCGGUUAAAGAGCAAAGUGGCGGGGUCAUCCAUCUGUUUUAAACCACUAACGCUUACAGACCCCUGCAGGUUACUCCACUACCCAGUAGGUAGCCUCAGUAGCUUAUGUCCC